ACACAAAAAAAAAAACCUAAAACCCUUCCUCUUCCCCUUUCUCGCUCCAUUUUCAUUUCAACUCUUUUGCUCUGUCAUCAUCCCUUGGAUUUUCCGAGUUUGAGUUAACUCACUUAAAAAUAAUGAGUUCACUCGCUAGCAGAUGUGCAAAGCUUCUUAGAAUCUCUGUUCCUACAGCACCCAACUCUUCUCUAGUGGCGGGUGUGCAACGUGCCUCCAAGAUGUGGUGUUCGACUGGUUCGCUUGAUAGCGAAAAUGAUGAAGGGAAAGACGGUGAAAUUGAAGAUGUGAUUGAUGAUUUUCUUGGCGAUAAGUCUGACAAGCGUGAGCCACAGCUCCAAGGUGUCAAUCCUGGAAAGGGUUGGAAUUUCCGUGGUGUGCACAAGGCAAUUAUUUGUGGAAGAGUUGGGCAAGCCCCUGUGCAGAAAAUAUUGAGGAACGGACGAACUGUGACUAUAUUUACAGUUGGAACAGGUGGCAUGUUCGACCAGAGAAUCAUAAGGGACCAAAACUCACCAAAACCUGCCCAAUGGCAUCGAAUUGCUGUGCAUAAUGAAAUACUUGGGACAUAUGCUGUUCAGAAAAUCACUAAAAACUCUUCGGUCUAUGUUGAGGGUGAUAUUGAAACUAGAGUUUACAAUGACAGCAUAAAUGGUGAAGUUAAAUAUAUACCAGAAAUAUGUAUCCGUCGCGAUGGAAGAAUUCGCCUUAUAAAGCCUGGUGACAGUCUUAGCAAUAUAUCCUUUGAUGAUCUGCGAGAGGCAUUACUGUAGUUUGAUGUCUAACGACACAUUCUAGGAACGUUUCACCGAAAGAUGGGAGCGGCAGAAGCUGCAAACUCUGUAUAAAAAGAAGAAAAUGUCAAUUAUUUUAGGUUUUCGGCUAAUUGCUCCAAGAUUGAAUUAGUGCUUAGUUAUCAUAGUUACUACACAUUACUUGGUCAUUAUGGUACUUUUUGUUUAAAACUUUCUGAUUGUCAGACAAAUAUGAUGAUCAUUUUCCCUCUCUUUGCUGCCCCACCUUCUUUAUCUCUCCAUCAUGGACUGAAGGGAGGUGCACUUUUGAAGAAUUAAUUAUGUGAAUUGAUUUAUGAUAUUAUUAAUUAGGUUGAUAUUCAAUAUCAUUUUAGGACCGUUUACUUUAGCAACAUGAUUGCAUCAAUAUCAGGACCUAAUUUGCUUCUCUGAUUAAUUCCAACCUCUAGCUUUGCUGUUUUGGUAUGCUUUAUAUUGUUAAUUAUUAUGAGAAUAUCUGACUUGGUCCGAUGACAUUGUCUUUGAGAAACUCAAGCGAUUUGGCUGGUUGUAAAGAUGAGCUGGUGGUCGAUCCCCAUCUCACUUUUUUCUUUUUGUAUUGUUGUUUCAAUUAAAAUCCAUCACAAUGAGGGUAGUAAGUUCAGAAGAUAGCAUUGCUGUUGCUGAAAGGCAGCUGGAAUAUAUAUGUAUAUAAGAUAAAUACAUAUAUAUAUAUAUAUAUAUGUUACCAUGCAAUCUUAACCUUUAAUUACAAAUUCAAGCGGUUAGCAAUCAAACUAUCACCAAUCUCUAUAAGAUUUAGAUAGCAUCUUGUUCCGAGUUGGUCGGUAUUACAGCCGAGCACAGAAGUAAACUAACAAACGAUAAUGGCAAAACACCUACUGUAUCUAUCUCUGCCUCCAUUCUUACACCCAUCUAUUGCAAUCAACAGGUAAUGGGAAACCAUCCAUUUUCACACAGCCAGAAAAAAAAAAAAAAAAAA